AUGGCUCUCGAGGCAUUGAAUUCCCCAACCUCCCACGCGCCACCGUUCCAUUUUGACCUCCGCCAUCUGGACCACCACCAGUGGGCCAAGGGCAAGCGCUCCAAGCGGCCGCGCAGCGUCGACGACUCGCCCACCGAGGAGGAGUACCUCGCCCUCUGCCUCGUCAUGCUCGCCCGCGGCGGCGCCGCCGUGUCUCCGCCGCCGCCGCCUCGAAGGACUCCUCCACCGCAUCCGGCCCAUCCGACGGCGGCGGGGGGCGCGUACAAGUGCUCGGUCUGCGACAAGGCGUUUGGGUCCUACCAGGCCUUGGGAGGCCACAAGGCCAGCCACCGCAAGCUGGCCGGCGGCGGCGGCGACGAGCAGUCCACCACCUCCGGCGGCGGAGGGAGGACGGCCUCCGCCGGGAGGGCGCACGAGUGCUCUAUCUGUCACCGGAGUUUCCCGACGGGGCAGGCGCUGGGGGGACACAAGCGCUGCCACUAUGAGGGCGGUGCCGCCGCCGCCGCCGCGAGCGGCUCUGCGACCUGCACCGAGGGCGUGGGGUCCACCGCCACCCAUAGGGACUUUGAUCUGAACCUGCCGGCUAUGCCUGACCGCUUGUGGCCGGGAUCUGCCGAGGACGAGGUGGAGAGCCCGCACCCGGCGAAAAAGUCAAAGGUCUCCCUGGCGGCGCCGAUCAAGUUGGAAAGCCUUUGA